AUGACUACUUCAAAUCCAAAACAAUGUAUAAAUCGAGAGUAUUAUUUAUGUAUGCCAAAAAAUUUUCAACGUCCAACAAAUCUUCUUCAACAAGUUUAUGAAAAACAAGUUGUACUUGAAAAUAUUUUUGUUCGUAAUAUUACAGCAUAUGGAACUAUUCGUGUGAACAAUUGUUCAUUUCAUAAAAAAGUUUCUGUACGUUUUACAAUUGAUAAAUGGAAAAAUUUUUCUAUUAUAAAUGCAUAUCAUUCAAUGUAUUAUUCAGAUAGUAAUACAGACUCAUUUCAAUUUAAAUUAACUAUACCAAAAGAUAAAUUAUUAAUAUUAUUAUCAUCAUCAUUACAAAAUUCUACAUUAUCAAUGAAUGUUUCAUUUGCUAUUUGUUAUGCUGUUCAAGGAGAAGAAUUUUGGGAUAAUAAUUAUUCUCAAAAUUAUAGACUUGAAAUAAUAGAAAAUAAACAAAAAAGAACAAACUCCAUAAUAGAUCAAUCAUCUAUAAGAAAAUCUAUUCUAUAUGAUGGUGUACUACGUAAACAAAUUGCAGAAGAUUAUCAAACAAUUUCAAAUGAAUUUCGACAAGUAGGAAAUAUAUGUGGAUUGAAAAAUCUUGGUGGAACAUGUUAUAUGAAUUCUGUUUUGCAAUCAUUAUUAUUUACUUCAUUAUUAACAAAUUAUUUUUUGUUAAAUGAAAAUGAUAAAGAUCUUACUAUGAAUAAUCUAUCAGUUUCAAAACAAAUAAUAGCUAGUGAAUAUUUAAAUUUAUUAUAUUUAUUAUAUUGUGGUGAAUAUAAUGUUUUAACACCAGCACCAUUUAAACAAGUAAUUGGUCAUAUACAAUUAACUUAUUUAGAAAAUCAACAACAGGAUGCCCAUGAAUUUCUUAUAUUUUUACUUGAUCAUUUACAUAAAGACUUGAAUACAAUAAAAUCUACUGAAAUUUUAAAUCAAACUCAAGAAAUCGAACGUAAUUUAGUUGAUCAAAUAAAUAAUCAUUCCAUUAUUGUUGACUUAUUCUAUGGUACGUAUCUAUCGACAACAACAUGUCUAGAUUGUAUGUACACUUCACAUAAUUUUGAGCCAUUUAUUUGUCUUACUCUUCCAAUUCCAUCAACAAAUCAAUGUACAUUAGAAGAUUGUCUUAGACAUCUCAAUGAAGAUGAAUAUUUAAAUGAUGAAUCAAGAUGGUUUUGUCCUAGAUGUAAAUGUUUUUGUAAUGGAAAAAGACGUUUAGAAAUUCAUAAAUUACCAAAAAUAUUGAUUAUUCAACUUAAACGAUUUCAAAUAAAUUAUGAAAUGAAUUUAAUUAAAAAUAAUACACUUGUGCUUUAUCCUGAAGAUAAUCUUGAUUUACAUCAAUGUUGUUCUUCAUCGUCUGUACAGCAAUCAUUCUAUACACUUUAUUCAGUUAUCAAUCAUGAUGGUUCAUUGAAUGGUGGACAUUAUACAACAUUUUGUCGAGAUAUUAUGGUUAAUCAACAACAAUGGUUUGAAUGUGAUGAUGAAACAAUAAAAUAUUUACAUUCAGAUAAAUUAUAUUUAAAUUCAAAAGCUUAUCUCUUAUUUUAUAUGAUGAAUCAAACGAACAUGUAG